AUCUUUGCGAUUUAUAUCUCGCGAUAAGCGUUUUUUCGGUUUCGCGCAGUGGUGCCAACCCUCGCGCGUAAUCCCCCACCGCCGCACUUGUCGCUGUCAUUCCUCCGAAAAAUCAUUCAGGGGGGAUUAAACUCGUUCGCCCUCGCGCCGCGUUGGCCAGUGCGCAAGAAUGCAUGUCGGAGCUUGUCGUGAGUGCUGUGUGGGUCACCGCCACCGCGCCCAAGCGCUGCGUUAACCGGAAGUCCUGCACAAAGUCACUGCAAGUGUCAGAAAUGUCUAACCGUGCCAUUUUCGCGUCCAGUCGUCGAUAACGCUUAUCAGUCGCUUCGGAGCCAUGGACGAGGGAACACUGAACGACCUCCUCGAGUGCUCGGUGUGCCUCGACCGCCUCGACACCUCCAGCAAGGUGCUGCCCUGCCAGCACACCUUCUGCAGGAAGUGCCUGCAGGAGAUCGUGCAGAAGCACAAGGAGCUGCGUUGCCCCGAGUGCCGCAUCCUCGUCAGCGCCAAGGUGGAGGAGCUGCCCCCCAACGUGCUGCUGAUGCGCAUCCUCGAGGGCAUCAAGAACGCCGUCCCCAAGAAGCAGCAGCGGGCGGUGCGCGCCGUGCAGGCCGCCAACGUGCACCACGCCGCCCCCGUGCACCAGCAGCACGGCACCCCCGACCGCAAGCCCAACAACAAGCAGAGCUCGCAGAUGGUGGCGCACCGGCCCUACGCCAAAGCCCUCUACGAUUAUGAACAAAAGGAGCCCGGAGACUUAAGUUUUAAACGCGGCGACAUCAUUUUCCUCAAGAAACGCAUCGACGCCCACUGGUAUCAAGGCGAAUGCGGCGGAAAGCAAGGCCUUUUUCCCCUUACUUACGUCCAGAUCAUCACCCCCCUGCCCAGCCACAUCCCCCAAUGCAAGGCUCUCUACGACUUCCAAACCGACAAGCACGAGGAGGAGGGCUGCCUCGUCUUCAAGGAGGGCGACAUCAUCAACGUGAUCCGGCGCGUCGACGAGAACUGGGCUGAGGGCAAGCUCGACGGCCGGAUCGGCAUCUUCCCUCUGACAUUCGUCGAGCUGAACAACCUGGCACGCUCCCUGAUGAAGCUAUCCACAAACGAGCAGCCGGGACCUUCACGCGUCGCGCCCCCGACGCCCACGACGGAGGACAGCACGCCUUUAAUACCCACGGACCACUCGCGGACGAUCGUGCCGCAACAGCCCCAACAGAACGCCCUGUUCGUCCAACCGGCGCCCGUCCACCAGGUCUUGGCCACCUCCGACUCCAGCUCCACGGUCAGCUCGGGCAGCUCGUCCACCACCACGCCCAACGUCUCCUCCAGCAACACGUCCUCUAACUCGAGCACGGCGCCGUCGUCGCCCGCGUCGCCGCCGCCGAGGACGCAGCAGCCGCUAGCCAGAACGCUGGUCCAGAAGCCCGACCUGCUGCUGAACCCCACCGCCUGCAGCACCCCGCAGCGCUCGCCGAAUCCGGCGUCCAACAAGGAGAAGCGGCACAGCUUCACCGGGCUGACGCCCGUGCCGUUCAACAAGGCCGCGCACCGGCACUCCGCCGAGAUCGUCGGCGUCGACCCGAAGCGGCCCGACGAGGUGAAGCUGCCGGCGCCGUACGUGGCGCUGUACCCGUACAAGCCGCAGAAGGGCGACGAGCUGGAGCUGCGCAAGGGCGCCAUCUACGUGGUGACGGAGCGCUGCCAAGACGGUUGGUACAAGGGUACGUCGAAUCGUACCCAAAAGUGCGGAGUUUUUCCAGGGAACUACGUGGCGCCGGUGGCCAAGGCGGCCGCGGCGGCCGGCGGCCCGCCCGACGCGAAAGCUGCCGUAAGUUUCACGCGGAGUGGCAAAAGUGUGUCCUCGCCACGCCAAACCUAUAACAAUUUGCCCCCCGAGCUGCCGCCACGUUCUGUUAGUCCUGCAAACGCAACCAAUACUAUUUCGUCCAGCUGGCAUGGACAGCAGGAUAAUGCCGCCGUGCCUCUGGGACGCAGUAGUAGCGCUGUUAUGUCCGGUGUGAACACGACGCUGGGGCUGGGUAGCGCGACGGCCAAGCCCGCCGACAAGUGCAAGGACCGUAAGGAGAAGGGUACUGUUGGUUUAAUGCGUAGACUUACUAGCAUUAAACGAUCCAAGUCUCCGCCUCCGUCAUCCUAUUCCAUGGAUAAUCCCGUGUUCGAAGACUCAGUUAGUGUCGCUACGGCCCAUCCCGUACACGUCAGGUCCGGAUCGUGCCCGAGCCAACUCCUCCAAAUCCAGCCGGUCGAACACCACCGCCUCUUCGGUUCGACUUCCCAGCGACUAAAACACAAAGAACGUCCCAGCGUUCUAACGCACAACUUAAGAACGGAGAAUCCCGCCGGGAGCUCCACCUCCAGCCCGGACAUCCACCACCACCGCAAGUCCAACUCCCUGGACGCCGGCAACCGCGCCAAAACGGGCGUGCAAACCGUGCAUGAGCUUUUCAGGUGCGAGAUCCCGUACCCUCCGAACAGCGAGUACGAGCUGGAGCUGCAGAAGGACGACCUGAUUUACGUCCACAAGAAACGGGACGACGGCUGGUACAAGGGCACGCUGCAGCGGACGGGGAGGACGGGGUUGUUUCCGGCUAGUUUCGUCAAGCCGGCUUGAGGGGAGGGGGGUCGUAACCACCAAAUAGGUAAAUUGUAUUAUUAGCUCAAUAACCGUGUCCAUAUAACCAUGACUGUACUCUCCUUAGGUUAUCGUAGUUGAGUAGGUUAGGGAAUUGAAGUGUAAAUAACGAGAGCGAGGUUAAAGUGGUAUUUUUUUAGGUAUAGCGAGACGAUGCCCUCUGUCAUUAAAUGAUGUAGGAUACAUGAUGUGUUCAAAAAUUGUAUUUACUUGCGAUGCGUUAUUUUUAUGAUUAUUUAUUUCAUCCAUUGUUACCUAAAGACACUAUUUAUCGGGGUGGUGGAUUUUUUAUUGACAUAUCACGAGUCGACUCGUUAGGCGUUUUCAUGCGUUGCGAUGGCUAGGUUCGUUUUCAUGAUCAAAAUUUCUGACUGAAGUUGUGUUAAUUAGGGAUAUCAGAUAUUUUUAUUGAUGUGCAUUAACAAGAUAUUAUGAAUUGAAGUGUAUUCUGAUAAUAUUAUACAGUUAAAUCUUAGAA